AUGGCGAUAAAUUUUUUUCAUCAAGUUAGUUUUUUUCGAAAAAAAACUGAAAAAAAUCAGAAAUUUUUCAGUGUUUUCGCCGGCUUGGCAAUAUCGAUCGUGAAUUUCUGGUUAUUCAACUCCUUUUUCAUAAUAAUCGAUGCUUUGGAUCCGAAAUGGGUGCAGCCGUACAAGGUUCAGAACGAGAAAAAGGUUGGUUGUGAUCGAAAAUCAAAAAAAAAUCGAAUAAUCAUGCGAAAGUCAGGGAAAAAAUUCCAAAUGACCAAAAGCUUCCAGAAAAAUUCUGAGAAACCACUUAAAAAGUCGAAAUAUUUCUAGAGACUUUUGAAAAAUUCAAGGGGUCCCUUAAGAAGGCUGAAAAGUUCUAGAUAUUUUUUGAAAACUUAAGUGACCACUUAAGAAGGCGGAAAACUUUUAGAGAGCUUCGAAAAAUCCAAGGGGCCACUUAAGAGUGAGAAAAAUUCUAGAGUUCUCUGGAUAUUUCAAGUGAACAAUUAAGAAGGUAGAAAACUUUGGAGAGCUUUUGAAAAAAAUUCGAGGGGUCACUUAAGGGGGGAGUUUUAGAUAUCAUUCAAUAAUUCAAGAGACCUCUUAAGAAGGUGAAAAAUAUCUAAAGUACUCUGAAAAGUUCAAGGGGACACUUAAGAAAAUAAACGCAUGAAGAAUCAUUAAAAACUCUCUCGUCAAUUUCCAAAGAGAAAAAAUCCUCCAAGAUCUUCAGCAACUUCUAGGAAGGGCCAAGUGACCACUUAAGGAAUAUAGCAAGGAAAAAAGCCGGAAAAGUUUUUCUUGUACCAGCUUCUCUGCACCAAGAGAUUCUCCAAAUCUCAUCCGGAAACUACUCAAGUGCACACUUCAUAUGAUCACUUAAAAUGUCACUUACCAAUAAUUCAGCUUAGCUUAGAUUUUCUCAUUUCUAGGCUUUUUUCUACCAUCUCAAUGAUCAGUUUUUUUUCUCACAAACUAAUUUUUUUCACCAUUGAUAAUAUUGAUUUCAGCCAACUUUCUGGAAGUACAUAUCCGCUUUGAAACUGAUUCUCUACAAUCAAAUCAUCGUCGGCUUGGUGGUCCUGACCGGUUUCUACAAGCUCGGAGAGAUUCGAGGUCAGGAUAUGUACUCAAAACACGCUUUAUUUUGAAUUGAAGAAAAAAAAUAAUAAUCUACACUGAAUAAGAGUCAUUUAAAGCGAUUUUGCAGGCCUCGGCUACGAAAAAGAGCUCCCGUCGGCUUUCGUGAUGAUUCGAGACAUAAUUGUCUGUAUAAUCGUUGAGGAAAUCGGAUUCUACUAUACUCAUCGGUUUUUAAGCUUGAUUAAACAUAAUUAUUUUAACAUUUUCAGCCUUUUCCACCAUCCUCACUUUUAUAAAUACGUUCACAAGACGCAUCAUGAGUGGACGGCGCCAGUUUGUAAGUUUAAAAUUAUUUUUUUAGACUUUUCCCGCUUGAGAAACUGAUAUUGGAGUUUGAAUCAACAAACGAACAGAAUAGAUUUUCAUGAAAAAUUAUAUAUAGUGAACAAAAAGCGUACCUGCUCGAGCUUUUACGGCAUUUAUUUAUUUUCGAAAAGUCUUCUGAAUAAAUUUCCAGUCCAUCAAAUUAGCUUCAAUAGUUUUGAUUCCAUCUUGUUGUGAUGCUAAACUUUAAAAAGUUAAAUACAGAAAAAAAGUCGAAAAAAACAACAAAAAAAUUCUUUUAAAAAAACUCCGAUAUCUAUACACCUUGACGCUAACAAGCAGAAAUUGAUACAGCACUCCGUUAAAGUUUAAACUUUCUCGUUCCUUCUCGUAAAAUCUUUUAUACAUUUCCUUCUCUUACUUUUUCAUACAGAAAAAAAGAUAAAAAAAUAAAAUUGUUAGAAAACUUUCGGUAGCGAUACACUUUGACGCGAACAAACAGAAAUUGAUACAAUACUCCAUUUAAAUUUAAAUUUUCUCGUUCCUUCUCAUGAAAGCUUUUAUAUCCUUCCUUUUUUGAAUUAUCGAACAGAAAAUGAUGAAGUUAUCAAAAAAAAUUGAUAAAAAACUCCGAUAUCGACACACUUUGACGCAGAUAUGCAGAAGUUGAUGCAGUACUCGUUGAAAGUUUAAUUUCUUUUUUAUCAUUUUUUAACUUACCCUUGUAAGCUUGAUAUAAUUUAUUAUCAGCCAUCACGAGCAUCUACUGCCAUCCGCUGGAACACGCCGUUUCGAAUCUGUUCCCGGUCCUUUUAGGUUGGUUUUUUUUUUGAUGAAAAAAAAUGGAAUAAUUAAGGACCUUUGAUUUGCGGUAGUCAUGUGAUGACCGUUUGGAUCUGGGCGGGCAUGGCUGUCUUGUCGACGACGUUUUCUCAUUCCGGAUAUCAUUUUCCGUUCCAGCCGUCUCCAGAAGCUCAUGACUACCAUCAUAAAGUGUGAGUGAGACAAAAAAGGCCAUUUUUUUGUUACUAUUUUGGAAAUCGAUAGCCAAUUAAUAUAAAUGAUUCAAAGUCGAUAAAAACAGAAAAGUCGAUAAAAACAUUAUCCAACAGAAAAAUUCUUCAAACUCGUACUUUGGUAACGCAAACCGGACGCUUCCCGGACGCGUCUGAGCAUUUCUAGUGACCACUCUGGCGGCGACAGCACUUAAGUAAACCCUAGAAGUGCUCAGAAACGUCCGGAAUGCGUCCGAAGUCCCAGAAAACUAGAAAAUUUAAGGCGAGCUUCACCUUUAGAGCUCAUUUUUUGCGGCUAAUUUUUAUAAUAGAUUUUUAGGGACCCCUUUAGGGUUUUAAAGAUUAAAUUGGCCAUCAGAGCGGUCAAGUUAGUGGUCACUUAAAGGCAUAGGGGCAGUAAAAAAUGGGGUUUCAGGUGAAAGCAGUAUCUUAUAUAGUUUUUCUUUGCGAAACGAAUGGUGUACUCAAAAAAAAUACAGAUGUGACAACUUUAGAAGAAAAACGCGAUUUUACUUUCCCGCCUUUAUUUUUGAAAAAAGCUUUGGAUCGGCCUACGGACAAAUGUUUACAGUAGCCGUGAACGCGAUGUUGCGGACGUCUCAUUAGACUCGCAUUUUUUGAGAAAUAACCGGCUCUCUGCUUCAAAUUAAGGGUUUCUUUUUCUGAAAAACGUUUAGUCAAACAAAAAAAACACACCGAUAAUAAAGGAAACACAAAUAAUCGCUAUCCCAAUCGAAACCGAUGUAAAAUCAUCAUUUUUCACCAAAGAAGCAUUUUUGCGAUCAAAGUUUGCAAAUUAUACAUGAAUCGAUAGCUUUUGUGACGAAAAGAACUUUGGUGACAACAGAAAAAAUUGAAAAUUGAAAGAAACGAAGAAAAAAGCGAGAAUCCGAAAAAUGGCGGAGCCUGUUGUCCAUAGAGCGACUUUACUGCGAAACCCCCUUUUUGCGGGAACUCAAACUUCCCUCUCUCCGACUUUGAAUAAUUUUUUCUUCAAAACUAGGAACUUCUGUACGUUUUCAAGUUCACCGUUCGAUUCGCAAUCAAAAGCUCUAUAAAUAACCGCUUUGAACUGAAACACCGUUUUUUACUGCCCCUAUGCCUUUAAGUGGCUAAUGUUUAGUGACCUCUUCAGAAGUCUUAGUUGUACUACUGGAGCACUAAAAACUACUAUAGUGGGCACUAAGACGCAAAAAGGGGCUUCUACAGAGGUGUUUUAGUGGCCCCUUUAGUAUCCUUUCCAAGUAGUUAUUGAGGAACCUCUUAAGUGGCCACUAGAGUAUUUUUCAGGUCCUGUAGAAUUUCUAUUGAAAAUGCCUCUAAUUCUCAUUUGAAUUUGAAUUUUUAUUCAUUUAUUCUCAUCAUAAUCGAUUUUUUGUCACAGUUUCAACGAGUGUUUCGGCGUUUUGGGCUGGCUCGACACGUUCCACGACACGAACAAGACGUUCCGAAAAUCGGUUCAUUAUUCUCGACACUACACAUCCGCCACAAUCGUCCCCAUCAAGUUGAUCCAUCCCGACGAGAAAGAGAAGAAGGAACAGUAA